GGAGUGAUUCACACUUGCCCCUGUCUCCAGACCAUCCUCCAUGGAAGUAGGUAACCUCCUACCCCCCGGUUACCACUGCUACUAAGUAUUAUCAACUGCUCCUGUAUUAUCAACAUCCAAAUUCAUGGGAAGGGCUGUGGUGAAUUUCUGGAACUUGAAUAGGAAGUUGCUUUUCUAAACAGCUUGACACUGAGGGGAGGCAGCAAGACUAUAAGAAGUCUGGGUUGGGCAGACGGCAGAGAGGAAGCCAAGGCGCAGAGGAGAUGGCCAGGUGCCUAAAAGCCAUCUGGAACUGGAGAUUUCAGAGAGUGAUCUUCAGAACUGUCCAACUCCUUUGCUUCAGUGCCCUGAUCUUUGAAUUAAUAAAGCAGAAAGAAGUGGCAGCAUGGACCUAUAAUUACAGCACGAAAGCAUAUUCAUGGAACCAUUCCCGGGUAUUCUGCCAGAAGCACUACACGGAUUUAGUGGCCAUCCAGAAUAAAAAAGAAAUUGCUUACCUUAAUGAUGUCAUACCUUACUACAGCUCUUACUACUGGAUUGGGAUCCGGAAGAUCAAUGAUAAAUGGACCUGGGUGGGAACCAAAAAGCCUCUCACCGAAGAGGCUGAGAACUGGGCUGACAAUGAGCCCAACAACAAGAAGAACAACCAGGACUGUGUGGAGAUCUACAUCAAGAGUGUGUUGGCCCCUGGCAAGUGGAAUGAUGAGCCCUGCGGGAAAAGGAAGCGGGCACUAUGCUAUACAGCCUCCUGCCAGGACACAUCCUGUAGCACGCAAGGAGAGUGCAUUGAGACCAUCGGGAACUACACCUGCUCCUGCUUCCCUGGAUUCUAUGGACCAGAAUGUGAAUAUGUCAGAGAGUGUGGGGGUUUUGAUCUCCCUCAGCAUAUAUUCAUGAACUGCAGCCACCCUCUGGGAAGCUUCUCUUUCAAUUCAGAGUGCAGUUUCCACUGCUCUGAAGGGUACGAAUUGAAUGGACCCAGCAAGCUGGAAUGCUUGGCUUCUGGAACCUGGACGAAUGAGCCACCACAAUGUAUAGCUGUCCAGUGCCCACCCCUGAGGACUCCUGAGCGAGGAAGCGUGACCUGCCCACACUCUGCUGAAGCAUUCCAGUAUGGGUCCAGCUGCCGCUUUAGCUGUGAAGAGGGGUUUGCAUUAGUUGGGUCAGAGGUGGUGCAGUGCACGGCCUCGGGGCUGUGGACAGCCGCAGCCCCAGUGUGUGAAGCUGUGCAGUGUCCGCUCCUGGAAGCCCCUGGCAAGGGAUCCAUGGACUGUGUUCAUCCCCUCGCUGUGUUUGCUUAUGGCUCCAGCUGCAAAUUUGAAUGCGAACCUGGCUAUCAAGUGAGGGGCUGGGCCUCACUCCGCUGCACUGGCUCUGGCCAAUGGACCGCACCCUCACCAGCCUGUGAGGCCAUUGCCUGUGGGCCGCUGGAGAGUCCUGUUCAUGGAAGCAUGGAUUGUUCCCCAUCCUCGAGAGCAUUUCAGGACAACACCAGCUGUAGCUUCCGUUGUGCUGAGGGUUUCAGGCUGGAAGGAGCUGACCUAGUCCAGUGUACUGACCUGGGACGGUGGACAGCGCCAGCCCCAGUGUGUCAAGCUCUGCAGUGCCAUGAUCUUCCAGCUCCAAACAAGGCCCAGGUGAACUGCUCCCACCCAUUUGGUGCCUUUAGGUACCAAUCAACCUGCAGCUUCACCUGCAAUGAAGGCUUACACCUGGUGGGAGCAAGCGUGCUGCAGUGCUUGGGUUCCGGCAACUGGAGCGCUCCUCCUCCAGAAUGCCAAGCCAUUCCCUGCACACCUCUGCUAAGCCCUUGGAAUGGAACAAUGACUUGUGUCCAGCCUCUUGGGAAUUCCGGUUAUAAGUCCACAUGCCAAUUCGCCUGUGAUGAAGGAUUCUCUUUAUCUGGACCACAAAUAUUGGAUUGUACUCCAUCUGGACAUUGGACAGGUUCCCCACCAAUAUGUGAAGCCAUCCAGUGCCCAGAAUUAUUUGCUCCAGAGUGGGGAAGCCUGGCUUGUUCUGACACCCAUAAGGAAUUCAGGGUUGGCUCCACCUGUCAUUUCUCCUGUAACAAGGGCUUUAAGCUGGAGGGACCCAAUAAUGUUGAAUGCACAGCUUCUGGAAAAUGGACAGCACCUCCACCAACCUGCGAAGCAGGCAUAGUACCAGCUCGUACUUCAGAGGUUCGAUGCCCAGCCCUCAUCACUCCAGGGCAAGGAACAGUGUCCUGUAGGCAUCCUCUGGGAACCUUUGGUUUGAAUACCACUUGUUACUUUGGAUGCAAAGCUGGAUUCACACUCAUGGGAGACAGUGCUCUCAAAUGCAGACCUUCAGGACAAUGGACAGCAGGAACUCCGGCAUGCAGAGUGGUCAAAUGCUCAGAGCUGCAUGUUAUUGAGCCAGGCAUGAUGAACUGCUCCAACCCCUGGGGAAAUUUCAGCUAUGGAUCAACCUGUAGCUUCCAUUGUCCAGAGGGCCAGUUACUUAAUGGUUCAGCGAGAACAGCAUGCCAAGAGAACGGCCAGUGGUCAACUCCCAUGCCAGCCUGCCAAGCAGGGCCGUUGACAAUCCAGCAAGCCCUGACUUACUUUGGGGGAGCAGUGGCUUCUGCAAUAGGUUUGGUGACGUGUGGGACAUUGCUGGCUCUGCUAAGAAAGCGCUUCAGACAAAAAGAUGAUGGGGAAAGCCCCUUGAACCCUCAAAGCCACCUAGGAACAUACGGAGUUUUUUCAAAUGCUGCAUUUGACCCAAGCCCUUAAGAGACCUGUCCUGCUGGUCUCUUCCCUCAACCUCCAUAGGAUCCUAUUUUUGAACAUCACGCUUCCUGCCAAACUUGACUUCUACUGUAGCAUAUGUGCGGCAGUUUUCUGGAAAUACUUGUUGAAGAAGGACAUGGAGUUUCCUGUAGAUUAGUUCUGGAUGAGAGCAGAAAGAUUGUGUCACAAGCCCAAACUCUCCACCCACCACCCCUUCCUGCUCCACCUCUUCCUUAAGCCUCAGAAGCCAGGACUGAAUGUCUGCAGUGAUCUGUGGGCUUUGCCCAGCUGUCCCUUCUUGAAGACUAAUUAACCAGAGACUGAAGCAUCUGACUUACCAGAAGACCAGACUGUGGAAAAAUAAAAAUGCUUCUUUAUUUUUGGAUUGGAGGAAGGCAUACUCUGCUUUGUUGAAAGGCAGGUGGUGUCUGUGACUUGAAGGAAUUUCUAUAAGAUCUUCUGAGGUGUCCAGUGCUUGCUGUUUAUGAAGCCUAUUAUACCCUCGCUGCAAGGCCUCCAGCGAGGCCUCUGGAUGGCACCAGAGAGUGCAGAAGACCAAGAAUCAAGAUAGGAAGGCACAUGUCACCUUCCCUCCACUGGUCACUCUCCCCAAAAGAACCUCAAGACCAAAAUUCAAAUGUGCAAUUAAAAAGAU